UACUGAUUCCUUACCUUGCAACCUGCUUCGCUACAACCAGGUCUGCUGUGUCUGACAUGUACACCCAGCUACCAGGAGGGCUGUUGCCCAGUCCUGUGAAGUACUUCCAGCAGAACGGCGACCUGAUGGCGGUAGAGACCAGUGACAACUCUGUGACCACAGCCUCCUCUGCUCAGGACCGCGUCCAGCAGCCCAGACUGGGGUAUCCGCUCUACUCUGGCACCUCGCUCAUGGGAGGGUACGGCGGCACAAGCCCCGGUGUGGUCAGCCCGGUCAAGCUGGACCUGGGAGGUUUACUCCUGGGCACUGUGGUCGGCCUCGGCGCUGUGCUGCUCAUCCCCAAACUCGUCAGCAUCUUCUCCUACAACCACCACUACGGACGAGCUGAAGAGGGUGGAGUCAGUGUAUCUGCAGGACUAGCAGAUGUCAUGUCCAGAGUAGACGAGGCUCUUGCGUCACAGAACAUCAACUCCACCGCGUGUAUGGAGCGUGCUGCGUGUUCUCUCAGCCAGACAUCAUUGGACACCAUCACCAGGAACCCCUUGGUGAGUUUCCUGGUGGAAGGGUCGCGGCUGGAGCGGGCUCUACAGGCUGGCAGGUCAGGUCAGAGUUGUGGUCUGUUGUAUCCUCGGUGUGGUGUCAACUAUCAGUCAAUCUCUGCAACCUUCGACAACGUCGCUGCAGCACUUCAGACCUAGCAUCACA